AUGAGUCAGGAUAAUACACAGUUCGAUAAAGAGAAGAUAGAGGAACGGAAUAUUGGUGGUGAAGAAGAAGAAGUUGAAAAUAGUGAAAAAGAUUCUGAUACUGAGACUUUAGUAUUUGAUAGAGGAUACUGUUGGGUUAUAUGUUUAGCAUGUUUCUUGAUAAAUUUCGGUACGUGGGGGAUGAACUCAGGGUUUGCCAUUUACUUUUCAGUUUAUCUUAAUAAUGAUACCUUUCCAGGAGCUUCAAAAAUUGAUUAUGCGGCUAUUGGUGGGUUAGCUUUUGGUACCACUUUAAUCUUCACUCCACUUAUUAAUUAUUUACAAGGGGUCGUUGGGCCCAGGGCCACCAUCGUCAUAGGAAAUUGCUUUCAAUUCACAUCUUUAAUGUUGGCUAGUUGGUCAAGACAUUUAUGGCAAUUAUAUUUAACCCAAGGACUUAUGCAAAGUGCUGGAUUAGCCCUUAUUUCAUUACCAGCAAUGACCAUAUUACCUCAGUUUUUCAAAAAAAGAAGAGUUUUAGCAGGUGGUUUAGCUACUGCCGGUUCUGGGGCUGGGGGAGUGGUUUUCAAUUUAGGAAUGCAAAAAAUAGUUGAAGUAAAAGAUGUAUUUUGGGCUCUUCGGGCUCAAAGUAUUAUAUCCUUUGGUCUUAUUUGGAUAGCUAUCAUUUUAUUCAGAAACAGAUCAGAACAUCAUAAGAUCGAAUUCACUUUCUUCGAUAGAGAAGUGGUUUCAUCAAUAGGAUUUUAUCUUGCUUUGAUAUAUGUCAUUACCUGUAUGUUUGGAUAUGUGGUUUGUUUAUACACCUUAGCCAAUUUCACCACAUCUUUAGGAUACAGUGAAUAUCAAGCAUCCAUUGCAUCAGCUAUGAUUCAAGUUGGUUCAUGCUUCGGAAGACCUUUAAUCGGUUUACUUGCUGAUAAAUAUGGUGCCACCACUUUAGCUUUCGAAGCCUAUGCAUUAUCUGCGGUUUUUGUAUUAGCUAUGUGGAUUCCAGCCAGAAACUAUGCCACAGUAAUGGUAUUGGCAUUUAUUCUUGGAGGAAUCAUGGGAACUAUUUGGGGGACUUUUGCUCCUCUUUUAGCUAGACUAGUUGGAAUCAGAAAAAUGAAUGUCAGUUUUUCUAUGCUUUGGGCAUUCUUGGGUGUUGCUGGGUUAGUAUCACCCGUGAUAGGAGUUUCGUUGGUCAAAGAUAUUGUUGGACCAACUCAAUACGAAUAUUGUGCAUUAUUUGCUGGAGUUUCCUUUGCAGUAUGUGCUCUAAGCUUAUUUUUGUUACGUGGAUUUGUGUUAGCAAGAGAUGUUAAACUUGAUUCUGGAAACACUGACCAUGAUCUUCAAGAAAGUAUCGCUGUCAAUGUUUCAGUAGGACAGAUGUUAAAGCAUAGUUUGAGGUUUAGGAACGUUAAAGUUUGA